AUGCUCGCGCACGCCCCGCAUGCCUGCGGGGCGCUCCACCGUCCCCUGCAGCGCGUCGCUGCAGCUCCUCAGGCCGCCGUUGCCCGGCCCCUGAGCGCCCCAGCAGCUCGAUGCCGCGUGGGGGGUCGAUCACCGCUAUGUUCGGAGCAGCAGGCCGCGUCGCGGCGCGUAGUCACGGCGCGCGGGUCGUCAGUCAUGGCAGAGCGCGCGGACGACGACGACGACGCAGACCAGAAGAAGAGGGAUGCUAUGUCGUGGAUGGCGAUGGGAGGGGUGUUCCUUCUGGCCGCGGCGGGCGCGGCGGCGUACGUAGUCAGCGGAGGAUCCAUGGCGGUGCUGCGGGACGUGCUGGGGCGAUCAGGCUUCACUGCGGCCUUAGGGCUCAUUCUGUUCUCGGAGAUCGGCGACAAGACGUUCUUCAUCGCCGCUCUGCUCGCGAUGGACCUCGGGCGCGCGCUGACCCUCGCGGGCACCAUGGCGUCCCUGUCCCUGAUGACGGUGAUCAGCGUCGUCAUCGGCGCGGCCUUCCGGAACGUUCCCGACGCGCUGCGCACGUCCGCGCCGAUCGGAGAAUGGCUCUCGGUCGCGCUGCUGGUGUGGUUCGGGUUCAAGACGCUGCGAGGGGCGCUGGCCGCGGAGGACGACGACCAGGGCGAGUACGAGGACGCGCAGGAGGAGCUCGGGAAGCGCGGCAAGGCCAAGGCCAAGACCCCCCUGGGGGCCUUUUGGGACGUGGCCAGCCUCAUCUUCGUUGCCGAGUGGGGCGACCGGUCGAUGCUCGCGACGGUCGCGCUCGGCGCGGCGCAGAACCCCGUCGGCGUGACGCUCGGCGCGAUCCUGGGGCACUUCGUCGCGACGGUCAUCGCGGUCGUCGGCGGCGCGCUCAUCUCGCGCCACAUCAGCGAGAAGCAGGUCGGCAUCAUCGGCGGCAGCCUCUUCCUCGUCUUCGCCGCGUUCACCGCCCUGGGCAUCUUCUGA